AUGGCUACUCGGUUCUUGGCUCGCUUAGACCACUUAUCGCCGCCAACAUACGCAAACCUCUCUUCGGCGGAGACUACUGUUCGGAGCUUCGCGACUCGUCAGACUUCUUCGUCUCUGAAUGAUCCGAACCCUAACUGGUCGAAUCGCCCCCCUAAGGAGACUAUUUUGCUCGAUGGAUGUGAUUUCGAGCACUGGCUUAUUGUUCUGGAGAAGCCUGAGUGUGAGCCUACCAGAGAUGAGAUCAUUGAUAGCUACAUCAAAACCCUAGCUAUGGUUGUUGGAAGUGAAGAAGAAGCAAGGAUGAAAAUCUAUUCAGUUUCAACAAAACACUACUUUGCAUUUGGGGCCCUUGUAUCUGAGGAACUUUCAUACAAGAUGAAAGAAUUGCCUAGAGUGCGCUGGGUGCUUCCUGACUCUUACUUGGAUGUUAGGAACAAGAAUUAUGGAGGCAUGGACCUCCAUUUAUUGAAGUUUGGGGAACCUUUCAUUAAUGGUCAGGCUGUACCAUAUGACCCCAAGUAUCAUGAGGAGUGGGUAAGAAACAAUGCACGUGCAGGAGAUGGGAGGAAAAGACGCAAUGAUAGACCUCGAAACUUUGACAGAUCAAGGAAUUUUGAAUGA